CCUUCUUGUUUUUAAUAAUUUCACACUCUUAGUUUUACUCUACACUCUAAUUGUGUGCCCAAUUAUUUAUGUUAGAUUGAUAGAGAAUAUUAUUAGGAUAAUAUUAUCGGACUGUAUUCGAAUAUAUUUUAUAGUUUAUAUCAUUUUCUAACUCGGUUAGAACUCGGAUUAUGGUAACCCUAUAUAUUUUGAUCAAUAAAAUCACUCCGAACACACGGAGUUACGUCGAUCAAUUUCCAUUAAAGUUUUUACUUUUCCUUGGUCUCUCGUCCCACUUGAGUGUGCCGAAUUAUCUAAUUUUGUGUUGAUUGGAUUUGGUGGGUGCGAAAGACUUCAGGAAAAAAAUUUGAAGGCAGUUUGUAUGCUGUGAAGAAGAUGAAGUAUAAGUUUAAGAAGGUGAAAUCGGAGAGACAACCAACUGAAUUAUUGGACAACCGUGAUGGUGAGCAUGGAUGCAACGCAUCCAAGGCUCAAGCCGGCUCAGGUUUAUCCUUCUGGGUUCAUGUUUACAAGAAAGUCUCACAAGAAGAUAUUGAACAUGUCCGGAUUCUGAUUGAAAAGUGUCUGCUAUUGCACAUGACUAGAGAGGAAGUGAUGGCCAAGCUUGUUACUGGUAAAGGAAUCAACCCACAUGUGAUAACUCUUGUGUGGCAGAGGUUGGAAGAAGAUAAUCCCAAAUUUUUCAGUGCCUACAAUGUAAGACUAAAGUUACAGGAGCAGAUUAUAUUAUUCAAUAAACUAUUGGAGAAGCAGUACAAUUUGACACAUGAUUCACAGCCUUCUUACAAUGGUAUCAGUAACAUGCCUGUAAACUCAGCUGUUGGAUAUCAUACUCAGCAGCCUUUUCUUCCAACCACAUAUGUGGAACCAGUGCACUAUGACCCUUCUUAUGAUGUGGUAAAUGGAGUCCCUGCAGCGGGUAACAUCUAUCCUAUUCAACAGAAGGGAGAUGCUCCUAGUGGCAAUCAGGAGAUGGCUAGAGAAUCCUAUGAACAAUAUAUGUUUGAACCGGAUGAGAUCGGGAGUGUUCAACUGAUGACGUUUGAUGCAGCUGUUCCGUCUAAUAUGCACAGUGUAGAAGGGUUCCAAUAUCUGGAUGGUGGCUGUGCAAAUUUUUCUGACAAUCUGAGUUCACAAUAUAAUCUAACAACCAACUUGAUCAAUAAUGAAGAUCUUGCUGCACUAGGGUACCAAAGUUCCCCUUUUCCACAUGCUAACGCAGUAGGUAUCUUGGUUGGUGCUCUUAAUGAAUGUGACAUAGCUGACUACUUAAUUGCAGAUGCCCCCUAUGAAAAUCCCCAGAAUCCAAAUUGCUGACGAGAAAUCAUAGCCGGGGAAAUGGUUUUUCUGACUGACAUCCUGAUGGAGCACUUUAUAGGACUGUUAAAAUGUGUGAGAUAAUGGCACCAGAAAUGUGAACUUUUUUUUUUUUGCUGUUGUUGAUGAGCCUGUUGAACAAAUAAGUGUUUAGAUGCAUGAUAUAUGAAGCGAAGCGAUGCUCUCAUUCUUUGA